CUGUACCCGAGCGAAUGUCUCCGCUGAUAACCCGCGUCUCUUGUAGAGCCCCGUCCUGAGAUUCGCCGUGCGUUGUCCUUCGUUCCCGCUGACCUGUUCGGUGUUCGUGUCGCGUCGCGCAGGUGUUUGUGGGAUAUCCGGCGGAGGAGAAUCAGACGAAUUACGGAAGAACGUUAAAUGAAUUCGGUUUCGCGUAAACGAGUUUUGGACAGUCAAAUCGUAUUUUCUCAGCAUCGCCGAACGUAUUACUGUUAAGGUGGAGGGUGGUCCACUCAGCUGAGAUGCCCGAGGCAUGAGGCAGUCGACACAUGCGGCUAGUCGUGCCUCAGUCUCCCAGACGCCGCCUGUCGAACUCCGCUACCCUUUCGGAGUCCAAAACGACCUUGGACAAGUCUUUCUUAACUCCAAAUCGAAGGAUGAUAAAGCAACCACGUCAGGACCUCCCUCGCCGCCCGUGACUCGACCCUCCCCCGCGCACACAAGGCACUCUCCUGCUCUCAGCACCUCUCGUCUCUCCCUUCAGUCCACCAGUCUACAAUACAGUUACGCCUCUUCAGGGGACCUGUCAACUGACGCUGCGCUGCUAGAAAGAGCUAUACGCUGUAACGAUACCCUCCGUGUCAAACGGAUUCUUAAUCUUCACCACGAAAAAUUUCCGGUAAACCUUCAUGGCAGUCUUUUGGACAAGUCUUCAUCCGACGACUCAGCCAGUCAGGAUGUCGAGAUUCUGCUCAGAAAAUCGAAAACACUCAUCGAUAAGCUGGACCCUGCAGACCAGUACUCCUCUAGCUCAUCGUCCUGCCGGUCGCCCCCUGCAUCGCCUCUCAUCUUCAGCAACGCUCUCCACGUGGCUGUGGACCACGGGUCGGUGGAGGUAGCGCGCCUGCUACUCAAAUAUGGGUUGGAGCCUGACCAAGGGGGACGACUACCCAGUGAACCACCUGCGUCCCCACGGCGGCCAUCCGGCCCACAGCCACCUUCUCGCCCCUGUUCGCCUCGGGCACCAGAGCCCCAGCCUUCCCCGUCUCCACCGCCCCCACCACCACCUCAACCACCGCCCCCGCCUAUUGAAGUUAUUCCCCAGGAAAUUCCCCCGACUACGAUUCCGUGUUCCGCCAAGUACCUCGAGCCAACCAUCGCCCCUUCCGUCCUCACACCUCUCCUGGCGGCGCGGCGGGUCAGCUGGUUUGCCCCCUGCUCGCCUCCCGAUAUGAGCAAGAAGCGGCGGGCAACCACCAAAUCUCUUCCCCGGCAGCGGUCUUUCUCCCUCGAACACAACAACCAACUGUUAGGUCCCGGAGGCUCCUGGAACACGGAGAGAAGAAGUGUCUCCCUGAAGUCCAGUCCUUUAAUUUCUCCUAGACCACCGGAAUCUGCAGUCUCGCCGGCGAAGUUGAAAGCCACCAUGCCUGAGAGAAGUAUCUUCGCCGAAUUGAGAAGAAGCAGUGAAAUCUUCAAGAGCAUAUUGUUAAAUCUCUCCAUGAAAGAUGCGGAACAGGCUGCUCUUGAAGAUGACGAAAUCAGUGGGACUCCCACCGAAGAACCUCAGAUUGAUGUGGAGACUCUGCUCGCGGCUCACGAGCAGAGGAAAUUAGCUACAUACCAGAAUGAGAGUGGCUUCUCUAGUACUUCCUCUUCGUCAUCAUCUUCCCCCUCGAGAUCCUCAAGAAGCUCUCUGAGCAGUCCUGAUGAAGAAGAUGAGACGGAAGAAGUUCUCGGGAUUGGCUCUCCCUGCGUGGUGUCUGACAAGGAAGGCCCUCUGUUACGAAUCAACGGUAACAUCGCCCCAGAGAAGAUCGCCAACUGGGUAGAAACCUACAGCCGUCAGUACCUGUUUACCCUUCCAGCUCUCUUCUUGGCUGUAGUCCGAGGGAAUGCAACUCUUGUUUACCUGCUGCUCAAGUAUGGCGCUUCUGUUAACUUUCAGGACCGCCUAGGGAACACAGCCCUGCACCUGGCCGUAUGCCAGGAGACAGUCCCGUGGGAGUGUGUUCUGGACCUCCUGGAACACGGAGCUAGGAUAGCAGUCCCCAACAAAGCGGGGGUGCGACCUGCCGACCUGUGCUCCCCACACUUACUGGCGCGCCUGCAACACCACAUGCUGGCCGACUGUUGGCAGGGCCUGGGGGACAGGAAGGAGCCGGUCCCCUCCGGUCUCGUUUCCGGAGGUUCGAUAUCGAUCUCAAACGCCAACCGUGCGGGCAACAACCCCUCGCGGAUACUGCGUAAGCUGCGAACUAACCGCACGGAGAGUGUGGAGGAAGCCGCUAGCUGUGCCUCGGGAGAACAGCAGCUGUCGUCCACCGGUUCUGUGAGGAGCCACGGCAGUGUGACCCGCAGCCCGGACAUCGCGACGGCUUCCACCAACCCCAAGGAAAACGGAGAAGGGCUGAAGAAAAGAGAUAGUGAGAUCAGAAAGGGUAAAUGUAAGAGAAAAGGAUGGAAAGAAGCGGCAAGAGAGCGUCAAUUUUCUUCAGUAUCAGAAAAACAACCGGUGAGCGCCGAGUCUGGUCGGAGUUUCCACGUUCUACUCUCUAUGUCCGGCAAUCCUGAGUGCCUCGGAUACCUCCUUCGUGGUAUCCUUUCCCACAUCCCCGGACUACUGAGAGUGCUGCAGCAGCGUAGCGACUCGGUCCUUCAUCGUAGCAUGGCGGCUUUAUUGCAUAACAUUCUCAAAACUGCCCUGGAGGCAUAUGGCGAUACUUCAAGCGGAGAACUUACCGAAGUGGAGAAGAACACACGCCGCUUGGAGCUGACAGCCGCCUGCUGCCUCCUCCUGAAGGUCUGCCUGAACCUCAUUCACGGUGUCCACGACCUCCAGUACACAGCGAUGGUUACCAUCAACAAGGUGAUAGACGCCGCGGUGGUCCACAGCCUGGGCCAUGUUCGGGUCCGUACAUCUACCGCCCUCCACCACCCUUGCAACGACAAGAAACAGCCCCUGGUAGAAGUGCCGCCUCCUGCCCCCGAGACUCCACCUCCACCCACUCGCUCACGCAUGCAGAAAGUAUCGGCGAAGAGGCUCGGGUCAGUUUGGAGACAUGCGGCCUCUGAUCAGCUGGAGCAGGUGCGGAAGACAAUCGUCAACGAGGAGCCACCACAGGAAGAGUGCAUAUUCGACGUGUUGUCCAGUGUGCACGCUCUAUCCGUGCUGAACAUCCUGCACAACGCGCUGACCCUGUACAAGCGAGUGAUCGGCAGCAAACAACAGUGUUCUCCAAGCCAGAGGUACCGUCACUGCAGCUACCACUGCCUCCAGAUCCUGGCUGCCCGAGCACUCUUGUACAUGACAGAGGGCAACUCGGUGCAAGGACAGCUCUCACAGGAGCCUCAGCUCAGGAUAUUGGCGGCCGCUCUUGACUCCACUCAUGAUCCGCAACUGCUGGUACUGGUACUGCAGAUCGUAGCCACGCUAGCGCUAGACCCUCAGCACCACAAAGCUCUGCUGGAUAACGGGCUGCCGGACGUGCUGAGUCAACUGCUGCUGCCAUCUGACGAGUGGUACUACACCAACCACAGCACCAAGUACGCUCGCUACGUGAAGCACCAUGUAGCGCGUAUACUUGUGUACCUCGGCUUUCAACACCGGGUCAAUUUGCGCUUCUGCGUCUAUGACAUUCUACAAGACGACGUGCCCCCAACACCACUGGUGGAGUCUGUAGAAGACAACUACAUCUGCCUAACUUCUGCCCCGCCCAGUCUUGUCUCCGCACCUGACAAGACCAUUAUGGGUGUUUCCGUUGAAAGUGCCGUUAUUAAUGUACUUAAAACAAUUGAGACUUCGCUGUCUCAGGGGACAACGACAACAGAGAGCUCAACCCUCCACUGGUUCCUCAGUGGUAGUACCUACAGCCAUGCCUUCAGUAAAGCCCCUGUAGAGCGCAAGCCGCCUACAGAUCCCUGCUCGACGGUGUUCGUCCAGACCUUCCUCUCCUGUUUCCCCUGCGUGCUGAGCCCUAUAGUGCUGCUGCGGCUGCUGCUGCACCGUUUGCUGACGACAGCCGCCCACCUGCAGCGCUGGAAGAGUUGCGCCUCGCGCUCCAGCUUCGCCUCGGCCUCAGCACAUGACGUUCCGCGCAGCCCGCGCUCCCGCGCCUCCUCCACGGACACGGAGCCCAGCACACUCCGCAAGCGCAGAAAAGUGAAUUUGACAGUGGAUUGCUCCACGGCGUGGGCGGGGGAGGUUCCAGGAACUUGCGAGGAACCGAUACCUCCUCCACCCUCCCGUUUACCACGUCAGUCUCUGAGACCGUCGUUCUUACUGGACCGGGCCGGCUCUCUCAUCCCUCGGGACAGUGUUAGUAGUGCCUCCGGCCUGGGCCUGGAGCCGGCCAUGCAGGCCACUCUCUUCGCCUUCUCCCACAUUCUGCGUCCCGCCCACUCCAAGGACAGCCUGCGCAGCAACAGCAGCGAUGAUUCUGUAGGAGGAAUGUUACCUCUUCCACCUUUCAACCUGAACCUACACAACAAGCCACGGGGGUCCUUCCGUUUCUCCAGCCUCCGACACAGCAACAAGCAGCGGUCCAAGUCACAGGCCAACAUCACCAAGGUAACCUUCCUCACUGUAAUACGGGACAGCAAUGGAAGAAAAGAAAACCCAGAGCAGGAAAUUUUAGAUUUCCAGAAACAGCUGCAGAACUUGCCUGACUUUGACUCCCCUGAACACCCGUCGGGCGGUAGCUCGGACCCGGCGACAGCUGUGGCGGAGUUCCUGGCCAAGGGAGGUCCUCAUCUGCGGCCUCGGUCCAGGUCCAUGCCUCGGGUCACCUACGAGACCUCACGAUUCCUCACCCUGCCCGAGGUGUCGUGGCCUACAGGGGGUGGUUCCUUCCGACUGCCUAGGGGACGGUCAGCUGGGGCGCUGGGAUUCCAGGCUGAGCACCAUGGUCCUUGCGGCCCUAUGGUGAUCAGCAGCCCGGUAUCCACGCCUGUAGAAGAGCGCAGGGUCUCCUCAGGCAGUGCAGGUCCACCACCGAACAUAAGUGUCAACACCUCGGGCAGCAGGCGCAGCUCCCUCUCACCCUCAGAUCGCAACAACCGUCGCCGCGACAGUCCCGCCUGCCUCCAGCUCGAGAUACCGCCCUGGCACCGGGCAAUACUCAACUUCAUCGAGGAAUGGCUGAGGGUCUCUCGUGUGGAGAUUGACCGAAACCCCGGCCUCUGUCGCGAGCUGAGGGACUUCAUGAGCAAAGUGUCCACCUGCGGCCAACCCUACCAGCAGUGGUGCGCAGAGCUGAGACAGGAGUUCACGCAGUUGUCGAAAGAUCCGGACAUUGAGAUCGGGGAUGACCUGGAGGAAACUGACCGCGAAUAUUGUCAGUUGUUGAAGUUGGUGGUCGCUGGAGAUCUGCCUUGUAGUAAGGAGGAGGCGGCAGCUCUGGCUGGCAUUCAACUAAGGAUAGAGGAGUCCUGGGGUCGACCUUUCCAUCAUCCUCUCUCUCCAGACGACCCAAACACGCUCAAGCCUAUUUCUGAAGACAAGGAGAGCUUCCUGUUACCCGUGCCUCCCUUCGGCCCCGGGGGUAACCUGCAGCGGCCAGUCAGCCCCCUGGUGGAGGAAACCGAAGGAGAGGAUGGUGAGCCUGAGCCGGUAUGUGUAGGAGGGGGCAUACUCAAGAAGAUGAAUACGGGUUUGACCACUCCUGGGGGACCAAAACCCGUACACCCUCAGACCUCCAGGACUACCGCCAACAGCAUCCUACGGAAGUGCUAUCCUUCCAGCAACCCUCAAGUACCCUUCUUGCCCUCUGGACACUUGGAGGACUGCCUGCCACCCUGCUACCACGGUGCCAAGACGAUGGCCAAACUUAUCAAGGAACAGAAGAGGAAGUUGUUUCACACGUCAGUGUAUGAAUCGGAGGUGCAGCUCAAGAAGUUGUACAUCCAAACAUGUAGGCGUCUGCCGGCCCAUGGCUGCAAGGUCUACCAGGUCAAGGAGCUGCUGCGAGGCAAGACCAAGAAGAAGGCUGCUCGGCUUCUUGGCGUCGGGCCAGACAAGAUCGUUUUGCUUGACAAUAAAACGAAAAUAUUAGCAAAAUCCCAAAAUACUUCAGAUUUAAUCCAGUGGCGGACGGGAGGUGGCCGAUCACAUGACCGACUACAACUGGAGUUCCGCUCGUCGAGGUGGAGCCUGGUGGUGCCUUCUGUUGCCGACAUGCGUCAAGUGGGCCUCGCUCUAUGGGAGAUUCUUCAGGAGCUCGACUGUACCUUCUUGGAGGAACACACCCUUCUCAGCCGCUUUCCAAACCAAGAUCUGGUGAAGCGGACCGUGCCACUGCAGGUACUCCACUCAGCGGAACUGGAGGAGCUACAGCGACUGCUUCACUUCCCAGAGGAGGUGGCGUUGCGGCUGGCCGACUCGGAGAACGAGCUGUUCUACCAGGUGCCGCCCAUAGACUACCUGCGCCAGGUGACUCUGGACCUCGGAGGCUCACCAGCGCAGGCCGGGGACACGCCGCGCGCUUCCGUCCGCGCACUCGUCAAACGUUUCAAUGAGGUCAGUUCGUGGGUGACUCAUCUGAUAAUUUCUCAGCCGACACAUGAAGACCGCAAGUGUGUCCUGUCUUGUAUCCUCAGGGUGGCCCUCACCUGCUGGAACAUCGGGAACUUCAACGGUGCCAUGGAGAUUGUUGCCGGCCUAAAGUCAAACAAAUUGAAGCCAUUCUGGUUGUCAAUUACGGAGAAGGAAGCACUGCCUGUGCUCGAGUUCCUGUCGUCUGCUCUCCUGUCAGUCGAGUAUGAUCGAGCACUAGGCAGAGCUCUGGCCAUGCCCGAGUGUAAAGUUGUGCCUUUCUUUGGGGCGUUCCUCCGAGAUCUGAGGGACAUCCUGUCGACGACGCCCAGCCUGGUGGUGCUGGCGCCCAGCGGAGAACACACACAUCUUGAGUUUAUUUCUGACUAUAAUGGAGAGGACCAUUACUUCACGAGAAUUGGUCCAGGAGGCCUCAUCAACCUGGACAAGAUCUACCGCACACAAGCUGUCAUGGAUCGUAUAGCCUCCUUCCAUCAGCAUUUUCAUCACCGAGAAAGAGACACUGACACCUUCAUCGACCAGAUUAGUAUCCACACUUCAAGUAUCGAACGCUCGUAUCUGCUGGAGGAGAAGGAGGAUGAGACCAGUGAACUGGAUGCGUACCAACCUGUACAACCUUUGAACAAUGAUCAUGGAGUGAGCUACUUCCCAAUCUCUGCUCCUCAUAACAACAUCAACCAUCACACAUUACAGAUCAUGCACCAUGGCACAACUGUGGUCCACUGGGAUGCAGAGGGAGGGUCGAGAGCAGCCCUGGUAUACUUGCGGCUGGAGCGCAGUUGUGCCACCCUCACAUGGUCACGGACAGCAUGGAGUGGGCUUAAGACCAGUGGUGCCACUUCAACAGCUGACUACAGCCUCAGUACCAAUCCCGAGGAGCUGAUAGCCCCUGGCCUUCUCAGCAUGGGAGGUGAAGUAGCGAGCCCAGGACUUGAAGAAGGAUUCUUAGAACUGUCAGCUGUCAAGGAAAUAACACUAGGUGCUAGAGACAAGGACAGAGACUUGGAUCUCACCAACACACUGAGACGCUUCAAUAUCAACCGGCAGCCAAUCGACAAGUGCUGUCUGGCCAUUGUGUAUGGAGCCAACCUCAGCGAUAACAGGGUGCUCUUCCUGCUCUGUCCCCCCUCCCUGUGUUGGACUUGGUACCAUGGACUCUGCUCAGUGGUGAGGGGGCUGAAGAGACAGUUACAGCAGAGUGAUCGCAGAGUCAUCUGGCUCAAGGAACAGUAUCUGCAGCUCUACUACGAGGAGGGUUGUUGUGGACCCCUCACUGUGGAUGCUAUCAGGGUGUUUGGUGGACGAGAUUGGGCUGACCCUGGUAAAAUCAGCGGCAUGUCUCCGCCUGACAACGGAACCUGCAAGCGUGGUCCCUCCAUUAAGUUUAAGAAGAAGAGAUCAAUUGGAAACAUUCAAGCACUCAAGCAAGACCUAGCAUGCAGCAAGAUGCCUGAGUUGAGUGAGCUGGUGAGUGGAGGAACAUUGAAACGCCAAGGACAGAUACCUGGGGCACCCCCAAGUCGCAGCAGGUCUAUCUCUAGUGAGAUGGAGAUCCCCAGGAUGAUCCCCCAGAGUCCCCAUGGAUCAUCAGACCACCUGGAUACCUCCAGUCCCAUUCAAUACCAAAGGGACAAAAUGAAAAGCGAUGUUUUUGCACAAAUACGAAACUUCCGUCACGGGUCCAUUACCCAGGAGACUCAACUGGAUUUCAGUGAUUUCGUUGCCUUAUUCCGAUCUUUUAGCCUGAGAUCAAGGAAGGACCUGAGAGAACUGUUUGACCAGCUGGCCAUGUCCUGUCGAAGCCUCUCUGAUAGCUCUCUUAAUGACACAAGUGCCAAAAACUCCCCAGAACACACUACAAAAAUACAACAGAAAAUUGGGUUGUUGACGAGGAACAGUUCUGCAGAUCUGAUGGAGUACAAGAACACUCCAGGUCAGCAGAAGAAGAAGAUAUUUGAUGCUAUUGCCGCCUCCAGCAUUAUUUCCAACUGUGCGGGCGUUGACACCUCCAAGUCUCAAGUGAUCACUCUCCCAAACUUUGUCAAGUUUCUUGAAACAAAGCAGAUGGAGCACAGAACUGAAGAAGAAGUAAAGGAACUUAUUCAGCGCCACGAGCCUGACCCGACAUUGCGCUCACAGCACUGUCUCUCUUUCGAGGGGUUUGCCCGCUACAUGAUGGACAAGGAAAACUUUGCCUUUGUCAGUGAGCGAGUCAGCCCUGACCCCAAUGAGAUGGAAUACCCUCUGUCUCACUAUUACAUAGCCUCAUCACACAACACUUAUCUCACCGGGCAUCAGCUCAAGGGCGAGAGUUCUGUUGACCUAUACAGCCAGGUGUUACUGACAGGCUGUCGUUGUGUGGAACUCGACUGCUGGGAUGGAGAUGACGGCUCACCUCUUAUUUACCAUGGCCACACAUUCACCACCAAGAUAGCCUUCCGCAGCGUGGUGGAAGCCAUUAAUCGUAGCGCCUUUGUCACCUCACCAUACCCUGUCAUCUUGUCCAUUGAGAACCACUGUUCACUCCAGCAACAAACACGGAUGGCUCAGAUAUUUCUAACUGUUUUUGGGGACAAACUGGUGACAAAAUUCCUGUUCGAAGCAGAUUUUGGUGAUGAACCCCAAUUGCCUUCCCCUCUACAACUAAAGUACAGGAUAUUGGUGAAAAACAAGAAGCUGACAGCUGAGAUCCCAACAUGGCCAGUACAGAGAGGUCAAGGAGCACGUGGAAGUCAGCGUCCUCAGCAGUCGGGUACAGGUCGGGCAUCUUCAAUUAUCUCUAAUACCAGUGGAGGCUCUGUCAAUGAUGACUUCAGUGAUGAUGAUGAUGACGAUGAUGAUGAUGAAGAUGAGAACAUCGAUGGAGGAACUACUGUGUGUCCUCGGACAGACUCAAUGUCCAGUCACGAGAGUGCUCAGAAGACCCCACUACGAGGCCAGGGUAAGUCCCCUGCAGCACCGCAAGUGGAUAUCGACUGGAGUGGAUACAUGGAAGAUGAACUUAGCCUGCCUAAGGCCAAGAAGCAGAGCAGCCAAAUAGCCAAGGAACUCUCAGACCUUGUUAUUUAUGUCCAGGCGAUCAAGUUUCGGGGGUUGAACACAAUCAGCCCCAACAGCUCAGUGAGGUGUAAACAGCGAGCUGCUGUGGUUGCUGCUACCACAUCGUCUGCUAUGCUCAAGAAGGGGAGUGGGAGCAGUGUUACCCUGGCCAGUUCUGGCAGUCCAGGAGCUAGUGUGGUAGAUUCUCACUCCAGUCACUCCAAGCAACGACCCAACUCUAAUCAUCCCUGCUACCAGACAUCCUCUCUCAAUGAGAACUCGGCUAAGAAACUUUGUCGGAAACAGCCGCAUGCACUUGUCGCCCACACUGAAACACAGCUGGUACGGACUUACCCAGCAGGAAUGAGAAUUGAUUCAUCGAACUUCAAUCCAGUAAUCUUCUGGGCUUUUGGCAUCCAAAUGGUGGCCUUGAACUACCAGACAGAUGAUGCAGCUUCACAUCUCAAUGCAGCCAUGUUCGAACAGAAUGGACGUUGUGGCUAUGUUCCCAAGCCUCCUGUCAUGAGAGAUCGGGCUCAUAUGAUGUACAGAAGAUUCAAUCCAUGGGAGAAGGAGUUUGAUGGACUGCACUCUUCACAUCUUAUCUUGAACUUGAUAUCUGGGCAGUAUUGCUGUCCCAUUGCCCCCACCACACCUCCUGCACCCAUAGUUGUGGAGGUUGAACUGGUCGGUAUUCCUGUUGACUGUAGUAAGCAGCGCACGAAAAACCCCACCCGCAACUAUGUCAACCCUGUCUUCAACGAGACCUUCUUCUUCAAAGUUAUGUUUAGGGAUCUGGCUUUUCUGAGGUUCAACGUGUUGGACCAGAGUACGAACCAUAUUUUAACGCAGCGAGUGAUGCCACUGAAGUGCCUUCGCCCUGGCUAUCGCCAUGUGCGCCUCCGCAGUGCACAGAACCAGCCACUGCCGCUGUCAUCGCUGUUUAUCUGCUCGCGCACCGAGGAAGAGAGCCUAGAUGGCGCGCGCGAGGCCAGAGGUGCGAUUCAGGAAGUGCGACCAGACGCCAGCACACUCUUGCCUGGCGUCAAGCGUCGUAUGUUCUUCCUCAUGGUGUACGGAGUGGUGCCAGAUGAACCUUACACCAUUCUCAAGAUAACCCAGGAAAGCACAACGCAUGAGGUGAUCCUGCAGGCUCUGACGAAGGCAGGUGUAGGCUCAGAACGCGCAGGGGAUUAUGUAUUGGUAGAGGAAGUAGCAAGAGGCUGGGGUGGAAGAGAGAAGGAUAUGCCAGCGAGUCAGCGCGUGUUGGACCCCCAGGAGAGACCCCUGCAGGCUCAGGCACAGUGGCAAGGAGUCGGCAAGUUCCUGUUGAAGCGGCUGGGAGAUGAUCCCAGUUCCAGAGCGUGGCUCUCCUCGAUCCGUUCUACUCGUAAUGUCAAGCAAGCUCGCACAUGGGACGAAGCCGAUAACUUCCUUGUCUGUGUUUAUAACGUGUCGCCGGAGAUACCGUACGCCAUUCUGAAGGUGCCGCUGACAGCUUGCGCUCAAGAUGUUCUCGCGCAAGCCCUUGUGAAGGCACGGCGGUUGGAAGAUCCCGUGAGAUUCGUGCUAGUGGAAGAACUCGAGUGGCAAAACGGAGGAAACCGUGUGCAACGAGUGUUACCGGACGAAGAAAACAUUUUCAGGACUCAAGCGCAUUGGCAGACUAUCGGUAGGUUCAUUCUAAAGGAGAGAGAAGUUCGGAAGAGUGGCACUCUGAGGCCGGCCCUGGACAGAUUGAGUAAAGGGUUGAGUGCAACCUUGAGUGACCCUACGACAACGGCCAAGGCCAAAUUCCCGCUCAGUGGGCUUGGGCGGCGAGCCAGUUCUCGAGAACCUGUGACCACACAGCGAGAAGUCCACUCGGAGGGUGAAACUCUCAGCGACGACGACGGGGAUCUUCGCACCGCUGUCGCCAGGUUAAAAAGGGUCUCAUUAAGAAAGCUCAAAGUCUGGAAGUCAUGAUUGUUAAUAAUCUGCUGCUUUACUGGCUCUCUCUAGUAACAAAGACAAUACUGUUCGGGCCCUUGUUAUCCCUAGUUUGUACUUGAGAUUAAGAAAUGUUGUAAACUAUUUUGAGUAUAAUCACAAACUCUAGUCAUGAUCAAACUCUCUGUGAUACUAUACGUACUAAUAAAAAUGCAACAUUGUUUACUAUUGCAUACUAUUUUUAUUUAAUUUAUUUUCAUUGUUUGAGUGGCUACUAUGCUUAAUCUUCCUCUGUUCACUCUGAAUUGUACAUUACACAUUGCAUCAGAAAUAUGAAUUGUUGAUAAAUGAAAUAUUGUUAAAAAAAAGAUUUUAGCUCUUGUACCGAGACAUUGCGUAUUAAGUUUGAAAUAUUUAUUUUUUGUUGAUAUUUGAUGUACUGAAGUCGGAAUUGUUAAGACACUAGUCAGCUAGAUGCAGUGAAGAGAAUACUUAAUCUAAAACAUGCACAAAGAACCUGUUGUUGAGUGACCAAAAUGCGGUAUAUUAGAUCAUAAUCUCAUGUCAAAUUUUAAAACUUUCUAAGAAAUUGUUUUCAUUACUAAUAAUAUUUUGUAUUUUGAUGUUGGCAUACUGUAAAUAAUUAUUUGCAAAACUCGUAACUCUAAAGCUUUAUCACAUUGUUAACCAUUCACAUAUCCUUGUUAGAAUGAUAAGCACGUCAUGCCUUGUGACUAUCUGGCCCUUGCCUGACCAAUUUCUCUUUACAUUAAAUGCUGAUAAUUUUGUUUUA